GAUGUUAUUUGGAAUGUAUUUUUCGUCAUUUUAUGAUUGGGUGAGGGGGGAAAUUUUAGUGAUGGUAUUGGAUGAAAGGAAUUUGAUUUAAUUGUUUCGAAAUGGAGUAAUUGGUUCAAAUUAUUUAGUUUGGCAAUACAAUGGGAUACAGUACUUGGGGUCGAGAUAAUUUGAAUUUAGUUGUCUCGAUUUGCAUCAGUUUGAAUUGGGAGAAGAAAGUGUAGUGGCAAAAUAGAUACACUUAUGGGAAGUUUUUUUUGGGUAAAUUGCAAGGUUGGUCACCAAAAUUAUAAAAAAACGUUCAUGUUUGGCCACUGAAAAUAUUUAAUUUCAUUCGUGGUCACUAAAAUUAGCUAAACAUUUCAAGUUUGGUCGCUCUCCGUCCAUUUCCGUUAACUUUUGCUUAUGUGACUGCUGCGGCUUUUCCGAGUGUCGUUUUGGAAUGAUUGCUGGUUGCCUGGCACUAUACUGAAGGAUCCUUUUCCGAGGGUGGCUGCUGCGACUUCAAAUCCAAACGCGUGGGUCUCCGACGUGAUAUCCUUUGAUUGUGAGAGAUUGGGGUGGGAUUUACAAUUAAUCUUUAGUUUAAGGGGAGGUGCUGAGUGUGAAAGAAUAGAACUUAUGCAAAAGCUAUCUUUAUUACCAAAUGACUUGAUCUCUGCAGGUCCUGCCAAAAUCAUGUGGAAGCCUUGCUCUAGGGGGUUUUCGGUGAAGUCCAUGUAUAACAUUCUUAUUCAGGCAAAAUUCCCCGGUGACAUCGACUUCCCCGAACGCGUUAUCUGGCAGCCUGUUGUUCCUAUGAAGGUGAAGGCAUUCAUGUGGAUCUUGUCGUACAAAGGAAUUCUUACUCACGACAAUCUGAUGAAGCGAGGGUGGAAGUUGGCGAGCAUGUGUGUCUUGUGCAGAGCUGCUGUUGAAGACAUUAAUCACCUGUUUGUCCAUUGUCCCUUUAGUUGCAGGGUCUGGAAUCUCCUACUUAAUAUGGUUGAGAUGGGCAGCCCCUUGGAAGAUGACAUCGCUACCAUUAUUAAGGGCUGGCCAGUUGCUAAGCCUAAUGCUUGGAUUGACAGGUUCAAGAGUGUUCUUUUACAUGCGUUUACUUGGGAGAUUUGGAAAGAAAGGAGCGCCCGUGUGUUUCGAGACACCUCAAGACCGAUGCAGAUCAUCUUCUACAAAACCUGCAGGUCCCUGGCUUCUUGGAUGGCGGCUUCUGGUGUCUUAACCGAGCAAAAUAGACAGGAGUGGCUCGUAAGGAUGUUUCAGGCCUACCCUCCGCGACAACUUAAUGACCGCACUCUUCAGCUGGAGGCAGGGGAGAGUUAGUUUGGGUUUUUGCAGGCAGGCGCCUUUUGGGCGGCUGUUCGUCUUGUUUUGCUGUUCGUCUUAUUUGGCUGUCUUUUCUGUCUUGUUCUAGCCGCAGUGAUGGUCUGGUCCAUCAAGCGCGUCUCUUGUUUGUGCCUGGACAAUAGGCUUCUGUUUCCUUCGUUCUCGCUUUUUUUGUUUUCCUUUUGUUCUCAGGAUCAAGCCUUGUGAUCCUUGUUUGUUGUCCGAACUUCCUUUUGUUUUCCUGGUUUUGCUAUCCAAUAAAAUCUCGCACUUAUAAAAAAAAAAACUUUUGCUUAUGUGACAGUCAAUAAAAAAAUAAUAAAAUAAAUAAAAUCUA